UUUAUUAUGGAAAAUAUAACUUUUUUUUUAGAGUGGGAAAUUAUUUCUUUUAAUUCAAUAAGAAUUGUAAUAUCUAUUUUGUUAGAUUGAAUAUCUUUAUUAUUUAUAAUAUUUGUAUUAAUAAUUUCAUCAUCAGUAAUUUAUUAUAGAAAGAGAUAUAUAUCUUCAGAAUUAAAUUUGAAUCGUUUUAUUAUUUUAGUUUUAUUAUUUGUAUUUUCUAUAAUUUUAUUAAUUAUUAGUCCAAAUAUAAUUAGAAUUUUUUUAGGUUGAGAUGGCUUAGGUUUAGUUUCUUACUGUUUAGUUAUUUAUUAUCAGAAUAUUAAGUCUUAUAAUGCUGGAAUAUUAACUGCUUUAUCUAAUCGUAUUGGAGAUGUAAUAAUUUUAAUAGUAAUUUCUUGAAUAAUAAAUUAUGGAAGGUGAAAUUAUAUUUUUUUUUUAAAUUUUAUAAAUAAUGAUUAUAUAAUAAAAAUUAUUGGAUUUUUAUUGAUUGUUGCUGCUAUAACAAAAAGAGCUCAAAUUCCUUUUAGAUCUUGAUUACCUGCUGCUAUAGCUGCUCCUACUCCAGUUUCUUCAUUAGUUCACUCUUCUACGUUAGUGACUGCUGGAGUUUAUUUAUUAAUUCGAUUUAAUUUAAUAUUAGUUGAUAUAUUUUUUUUAAAAAUUUUAUUAUUAUUAUCAGGGUUAACUAUAUUUAUAGCUGGGAUUUCUGCUAAUUAUGAAUUUGAUUUAAAAAAGAUUAUUGCUUUAUCAACAUUAAGACAAUUAGGAUUAAUAAUAAGAAUUUUAAGAAUAGGAAUACCAGAUUUAGCUUUUUAUCAUUUAUUAACUCAUGCUAUAUUUAAGGCUUUAUUAUUUAUAUGUGCUGGAGUGAUUAUUCAUAUAAUAAAUGACAUUCAGGAUAUUCGUUAUAUAGGGGGAAUUAGAAUAUAUAUUCCUUUGACAAGUUUAUGUAUAAAUAUUUCGAAUUUAGCUUUAUGUGGAAUUCCAUUUUUAGCUGGAUUUUAUUCUAAGGAUUUAAUUUUAGAAAUAGUAAGAAUAAGAAAUUUAAAUUUAAUAAUUUUUUUUUUAUAUUAUUUUUCUACAGGUUUAACUAUAUAUUAUACAAUUCGUUUAUUAUUCUAUUUAAUAGUUAAUGAUUAUAAUUUGAUAGUUUUAUAUAAUUUAUAUGACGAAGAUUAUACAAUAUUAAAAAGAAUAUUUAUAUUAUUAUUUAUAAGAUUAGUUGUUGGGAGAUUUUUAAGAUGAAUAAUUUUUAAUUAUCCUUAUAUAAUUUAUUUAUCUAUUAAUAUAAAAAUAAUAGUUAUUUAUGUUAUAUUAAUUGGUUUAUUAAUAGGUUAUUUAGUUAGAAAUAUAAAAAUUUAUUCAAUAAAUAAGUUUUUAAUAACUUAUAGAUUAAGAAAUUUUUUAAGUUUAAUAUGA